AUGGAAAAACAACAACUUGAAACAAUGCUUUUUAUUGAAAAAUCUUAUCACUCGAAAAUCUCUAUCAAAUCUCAUUCUAAACGACGCGUUAUUGCUGAUUGUUUAAAUAAAUUAACUGAUGAUGAACAUGUAUUCGAUGAUAUAUUUGCUUUAACAAUGAAUAUAUUCGAUCGUUUCAUUUCAAAAACUUCUUCGGCUAUAUCAAAUGAUCGUUAUUAUCAAUUAAUAGCUUUAUCUUGUUAUAAUAUAGCUAAGAAAUUACGCUCAAAUGUAUCAAUCAAUAAUGAAAAUGAAAAAACAUCAUUAAUAUUUUCAACUGAAAACUACAGUGACGAAGAAAUAUUUAAUGCUGAACAAAUAAUUUCUAACACACUCGAUUGGGAUUUAGCUUAUUUUGUACCACAUGACUAUAUACAAUUAUUAUUAAAAUAUUUUUUACCAUUAGAAAAUCGAGCUCAAAUAUGUUUACAUGUUCAUAUACUUCUAUCCAUAGCAAUAUGUGAAUUAAAUACAUUAGCAAUACUUCCAAGUCUUCUCGCAUGUGCAUGCUUAAAAGCAGCUAUAAAGGGUCUUUCAUUACAAAAUAAUUAUCAAAUAGACGAAUUAAUAUUAAAAACUAUGAAUUGUAAUCUAAUCGAACUUAAUCAUACACAAUAUACGAUUGAGCAAUUAUUUCAAUCAUGUUUACAAAAUAUAAAACCAUCACCAAGACGUCGUUGUUUAGCACCGAUCGAUACAAGUUCGCAACAAUGUACAAAAGUCAAAUAG